GAGAUAACCAAUCGGAUACUGGACAAACGAACAAAAAGAGUAAUCAGACUCCACUGACCUGUUUAACCUUGAAUGUGAAGGAUGAAAAGCAGCAGCUGUUUUCAGUGGAACGGGGCUUCUGCUGGCACUUACUUCUUUCCCUUUGGAUUAUAUUUGCCUAGAGACACGAAGAUAGCAAACUGAUGAUGUUGUGACUUUAUACACACCAGACUGUUCCAUCACUAUUUGAAGCAGCUUUGGUAAUGCACUGCUAAUAUGGCUGAACAAAGGCAACGUGCUUUGUCAACAUCAGGGGAAGCAUUAUAUGGAAUCCUGGCCCUAGAGAAGGGAGCAACACAUGAUGAGAUUAAGAAGUCCUACAGAAAAUUGGCCCUGAAAUAUCAUCCUGACAAGAACCCUGACAAUCCAGAGGCUGCCGAAAAAUUUAAGGAGAUUAACAAUGCUCAUGCAACACUGACUGAUCUCUCCAAGAGAAACAUAUAUGACAAGUAUGGAUCCUUGGGGCUCUACGUGGCAGAACAGUUUGGGGAGGAAAAUGUUAACACGUAUUUCAUGCUCUCUAGCUGGUGGGCAAAGGGUCUCUUUGCAGUCUGUGGCCUCCUGACGGGCUGCUACCUCUGCUGCUGCCUCUGCUGCUGCUUCAACUGCUGCUGUGGAAAGUGCAAACCCAAAGCACCCGAAGGGGAAGAACAGGAGUUCUUCGUAUCUCCAGAAGACUUGGAAGAGCAAAUUAAGAAUGACAUGGAAAGAGAUGGAGAAACUCCUAUUGUGUUUCAGCCGACAAAUGCAACUGAAAAGACGCAGCUCAUAGGGGACAGCCAUCGGAGCUACCGCACAGACUCCUAGAGCCGGCACACACAGCCUGGUGGUGCUUCCCAGAGAGUGUCACAGCAAGGAAAAACGUGUGACAAGCUCUGCAGCCUGUUCCUGUAACUAACCAAGAGUAACCUCAGAGUAAUUUCCUGUCAAGGCAGAAUCUCCCUCUAGGCCACUGCAAGUAGUUUCUGGUCUACUCUCUGCAAAGAGAUGCCUACAGCCAGUGCAGAGAUCUCACUGGUUCAGACUGCCCUUUUGGCACCAUCUUCCCUCUGCAAUGCUCACUUCGGUGCAACUGCUUUUCUCCCCAGCCCUCAGCUGGUGUUUCACCUCCCAGACAUGGUCUGGAGCCCUCUCCAGACACACCAGUCCCAUCUCUCUAUGCCCUGGGGAAGAUUUCCCUCAAAGGAAAAUCAGUGGCAAGGCUGGAGGGGCUUCUGCAAAGUGGAAGCACUCUCUGGAAAGCAGGCAACACC